AUGGAUAACUAUAACAGUACAUAUAGUAAAACAACGACAGCGGCUGGGUCGGCAAUUACUAGUAAUGAUGCUUUUGAAUUGAGUUGGGGCACUGUCCUAUGGGCUUUCACCAAUGGUGUUUUGUUUAUCGUCAUACUUGGCGGUAACGCCUUUACAAUAAUUGCCGUGCGCACUUGUCGCCGCUUGCGUAGCUUGAUCUCCAAUUUAUUUAUACUAUCGCUUGCUGUUUCGGAUUUUAUAGUCGGUCUAACAUUACCAUAUCACUUGUCCUUCUAUCUGACCACUGCCUUGGGGAACAAACAUGGUUUGUGUCUCACUCGGUUUUUCCUUAUUAUAUUCGCAUGCUGUGUAUCGAUAUUGACACUCAUAACGAUAUCUGUGGAUCGCUACAUUGCAAUCGUGUAUGCACUUCAUUACAGAAGGUGCAUGACGAGGAAGGUGGCAGUCUUCAUUAUAACAUUUAACUGGUCCGUUGGUGCAACAGUGGCAGCUAUACCGAUGUUUUGGAAUAACUGGCAAACAGCUUACCAAUGUGAAUUUGACGAAGUACUACCACCUUGGUACAUGGCUGGUAUAAUAACUCCAUCAUUCACGAUUAUUUGGAUAUUGAUGCUACUCAUGUACUGGCGCAUUAUGAAAGAAGCUUCGAAACAAGCAAAUCAAUUGCGAAACAUCAGGCGCAAACGAUCCUCAAAUUUGCUACAUCCUGAUUGGAAAUCCGUACAGGUGGUCAUUUUUAUAAUGGGUUGUUUUUCAAUGUGUUGGUUGCCAUAUUUCAUUGUUGCGUGUGCCCAGAUCUUCAGCAUAUACAAGACAACGCCACUCCUCUAUAAAGCAGCGUUCACAUUGGCAAUGACUAACUCAGCCUUAAAUCCCAUCAUCUAUUCAUGGAAGAAUUCAAACUUCAGGAGAGCCUUUGUACAAUUGAUACAUUGCAAGUCUCCGAAUUGCCGCCAGAAGACCUCAGCGGAUGUUUAUAAAAAGGAAAGCGGUUAUUCUAUAUCAAGUGCUGCGAUGGAAACUACCGAAGGCGAGUUUACCACUGGCAAACUGCAGUGUAAUGAUGUUCAAUUGCAAACUAUUUAUACAGUACCAUCUUCAUCAGCCGAUUCUGCUACUAUAUACUAUUAA